AUGUCCACACCAACUAUGAACAGUGAGUUGGUAACCUUCAAGGAUGUGGCUGUGGACUUCAGCCCUGAAGAGUGGGGUUUGUUGGAUCCAGAUCAGAAAAAGCUGCACAAAGAGGUCAUGCUGGAGAAUGCCAAGAACUUGCUCUCCCUGGGACUUCCAGUUCCCAGAGAAGAUUUCAUCUACCAUGUGGAGAGACACCAGAGAAUCAAUGCUGGAGAGAAACCUUAUGAAUGUAAGAAACAUGGAAAGACUGUGAAAGAGCAAUCUACUUUUGCUAAACAUGAGAGAAUUCACACAGAAAAACAGUCUUACAAAUGUAAUCAAUGUGGAAAGGAUUUCCAAUGUUAUUCCAAAUUUGCUAAACAUCAGAGAAUCCACAAUAUAGAGAAACCUUAUGAAUGUAAUCAAUGUGGAAAGGUUUUUACACAGCGUUCCAGUCUUGCUAUCCAUUGGAGAAUCCACACUGGAGAGAAGGCUUAUGAAUGUGGUGAAUGUGGAAAGGCUUUCAUAUACAGCAAGAAUUUUGUAAAACAUCAGAGAAUCCACACUGAAGAGAAACAUUAUAAAUGUAAAGAUUGUGGAAAGACUUUCACAUAUCGCUCCCAUCUUGCUAUGCAUCAGAGAAUCCACACUGGAGAGAAGCCUUAUGAGUGUAAUGAAUGUGGAAAAGCUUUCACAAAACGCUCCUACCUUGAUGUACAUCAGAAAAUGCACAAUGGAGAGAAACCUUAUGAAUGCAAUCAGUGUGGAAAGGCUUUCAUACAGAGCUCCAAUCUUCGUGAACAUCAGAUAAUCCACACUAAAGAGAAACCUUAUGAAUGUAAUGAAUGUGGAAUGGCUUUCGUACAACACUCCAAACUUGCUAUCCAUCAGAGAAUCCACAGUGGAGAGAAGCCUUAUAAAUGUAAUGAAUGUGGAAAGGCUUUCACUCAGAGGGCCAAACUUGCUCCUCAUAUGAGAACCCACACUGGAGAGAAGCCAUAUGAAUGUAAACAAUGUGGAAAGGCUUUCACAUAUUGCUCCAAUCUUCGUGAACAUCAGAGAAUUCACACUGGAGAGAAGCCUUAUGAAUGUAAUCAAUGUGGAAAGGCUUUCACACAGCGUUCUAGUCUUGCUGUCCAUUGGAGAAUCCACACUGGAGAGAAGCCUCAUGAAUGUAAUGAAUGUGGAAAAGCUUUCACACGGCGGUCUGGUCUUGGUAGACAUCAGAAAAUCCACAUGGGACAGAAAUCUCAUGAAUGAGGAAACCUUCAGACAAAGUUCAAAUUUUUAUUUAACAAUAGAUAGCACACAUCAGUGAAAAACUUUUGCAUGUAUGUAUAUAUAUAUAUAUAUAUAAUAUAUUAAUCCCUAAGUAGACAUGAGAUGUUCCAUAAUAGAAGAAAAAUCUCUUUCUUAUAAUCCAUGUGGAAAAUCAUUCAGGCUCACUUCAUCCCCUAAUUUCCAUCAGAAAAUUCAUAGAAGAUUGAAAUCAUGGAUAAAGACAUAAAAAUUGAGGACACAGCUUGUCAGUCAGCAGGGAUUUUCUGCUUGGGAACAAAUCUCUGGACUUGGCACAGGAAAGUCUUUAGCCCAAGUUCAUCUGAGGAUACAGAGUAGAGAGAAGAUUCACAUUUACCUGGAAGAUAAAGGUGACUAGACACCACAAUAUUCACGGUGUAAAAAAAUAUUAGAAAAAUUGUCUUUGUAGAAAGGUUUUCAUGUGUAUCUCAUACUUUCUAUAUAAAUCUUGCUCCAGAUUAAACUUAUCAAUAUAAUGAUGACAGAAGGCCUUUUCCUACAGCACAAAUUUCAUUCGACAUUGCAAUUUUACAAUGUGUAUAAAGGUUUGAAAAUAGAUUGAGUUUGUAAAUAUAUAGAGAAUUAACUCUAAUUUAUAAGA